UGCAGUGUAAGAGGGUGCUAAUGGUACUUUUGACAAUUUUUUUUUUCUUUUUUAAUUUUUUUGAAAAAGCAUUUCUCUUAUUUAUUUAUAUCAAAACAAAAUAACAAUAACAAUAAGAGAAGAAUUCGAUUACAUUAAACAUUAAUAUUUUCUCUCUUUGCAUGAAACAACAAGCUGAAGCAACACUCACCAAAAUGGCUCAACACCAUCACCACCCUCAGCUUCAGCUAAUCGACGGCGAAGAUCGCACCUUCGAACGGAGACAAAGUCCGAAGACAGAUAACCAAAACGAAGAAGACGCUGAAAAACCCCUAGAAGUAGUAUCUAAUUCUUCUUCUUCUUCUUCGUCGUCGAGUAAUAAUAAUUCGAAAGAGAAGAAAAGUUUAGUACGUUGUGAAGAGAGGGAGUGGUCGGAUAAUGGAAGAGAGAGGCUUAAGAGGCAUCGGAUUGAGAUGGGAGGUAGGGUUUGGAUCCCUGAUAUUUGGGGGCAAGAGGAUCUGUUGAAGGAUUGGAUUGAUUGUAAUGCUUUUGAUUCUUGUUUGGGCCCUAAUGGGCUUAUCUCUGCUGCUAGGGCUUCUUUGGUUAAACAAGGAAGAACAGCCACUUCUCAACCCCUCAAAAUACAAAACAGGUGUAUUUAAUUAAUUAACUAAUUUUUCUUUUUCUUUAAAAAAAAUUCAGAUUUAUCAUCAUUUAUUAUUCUUCUUCUUGUUCUUGUAAUAUUAUAAUUGUAUUUCAUUUCAUUUAAAAAAGAAAAAGGAAAUAUUGUGAUACUAAGAAGUAAGAUAUUCUUCCUGUUUUAAUUUCAUAAUUGUACAAUCAUUCUCUGAAUAUUUUAAUUAGCAUUAUUUUGAGUUUA